AUGGAUAAUCGCCUCCCACCCUAUCGGGCAGACAUUUCCCUUCCAGUAAGUCGAGAUCAUGAAUCGCAGAGUCAUGAACGGGAAUCUGAGUUGGCUCCAACAUCCAUUGCAAUCAACACUGAGGUAUUUACGAAGCUUGUCGACGGUCGACUAGAUUUCAAUGCACUUAAAGAUCGCGACAUAGAAAUCAAUUUUCAUACGCAACCCGGAUUAAUAGGACGAGUAGAGGUGGUGGAGAAAACCAAGCAGGCUCCAGAGAAAAAGACCUGGGAGCAACUCCAUGCUCUCGUUUUCGAUGUCGCUAAUGCGUCUCUGCGUAUCACCGAUCGUUCUGUGGUAGAAAGAAACUACACACGCAUUCUUCUCCCUCGCGCGCGUCCUUACGUCAAAGAUUAUAUUUACUACCGUAUGACGCGUGCCAAAAGUGACCCACUCAAUUUCCAAUACAUGGCAUAUGCAUUGAUAGAUCGUCUUGGUGUCAGAAAGGAAAGAUUGAGAGGAGAGAUUAAGGAGGCAUGGGUAUUGAAUGAUCCCAAAGGAAGACGAUUCGAGAUAGUUAGUAGAUGGAAGUAUUGGGCUACAACAACACAGGUGGAAAUGCGUGUUCGUAAGGGACAGACACAGUUUCCUGGGUAUAAACGCUGGUUUCAUUGA